UAAAUAAAAAGCGGAUAUAGAGCUUAAUUAAAAGCCAUGUGUUUGAUUAGACAGUGUGCAGUCUGAAGAGGAGCUCGCCUGUCUGUGUAUCAUGAGCUUAACAAGUAGACUUCAUGAUGCCUUUGUCCAAAAUAACCUUGGCAUGGUUAUUAUAAUUCUUAUUGAAGAAAAAGCUUCUGUUUCCUUGGCCGAUCGACUGGACGAAGUUGUUAUUAAGGAGCUGCAUAACAUCGAACAUAAGAAUGUUGCCUUAAUAUUACGGGCAAUUGAACAUCUCAUUAGUAAAGAUGAAGACUGCAUCCAGAAACUUGUUCAUCAUGGCUUGGUUGUGAAGAUGUUGAAUUGGUUUGAGAUUUCGUCAGAGCAUCUUAAAGGACAGCACAAACCACCUAGGGACGCCAUGACUCUCAUUGAAGUUUUCUACGAGGUUGCCAUGGGACUGUGUCAGAUCACAAUUGCAGGCAGCAAUAAGAUCUUGGAUAUAUUUUUGUUGCGGUUUGGGGCUGUUGUUUUGGAUUAUGAAGUGCCUUUCAGUCUGCGUCUAGAGGCCAUCAGAACCAUAAACUCUAUGUUGGACAGCAGUUCCAAAGAUAUAAGGAAGAAACUCUGCCAGUCAGAUGACCACUUCGGGCUCUUAGAGGACUUGGCAAAAGCAUUGACAGAUAUUGGUGAUUAUGAAAUGCAGGUGGCCAUUUCUGAAGCUCUCUGCAGGAUGACACCAAGGAAACUAAGAGAAGACUUUGCUGGCAAAUGGUUCCGUUUCAGAAGUUUUGCUUCAGCUUUUACUUCAAUCCGUGACAAAGAUUUUGAAACUGACUGUAGGACAUUUCUGAAUGAACUUAAUGGUUAUUUUGGCAACUCAAGAAGAGUCUUCUCAUUCCCUUGUGUUCAGGCAUUUCUUGAUUCAGCUGAGUUGUUCAAGCCUGAAGAUGAGUUUCUAAAGGAGUUUUGGGUGGAUUUCAACAUUGGAACGUCAACCAUUAGUUUCUUUGUAAAUGAUCCAAAGAACACACUGUGGGAGUUGAUUCACCUGCCUAAAGAUGUUGUCAGCAUGUAUGAUUUUCAAGAGUGUGGUGAUCAGAAGAUAUUGGAAGUUCACAUGAAUACCCCACUCUCUCAUGGAGAAAUGACUGGCAAAAUUGUCAAAAUCCUCUUUAGUGCAGAGCACAACAUCCAAACAGCCCUGACAAGAGUGUUUCCAGAUAAACUACAGUCGUCUUCAGCCUCAAAGGAAGCUCUACAAUCAGGGGAUUGCUUGACUACGAUGGAAGGAACCCAGCAUGAACAAACAUCAGUGCCACAGACAUUUGCCAGUCCAUCUGCUGCAGAAACCAAAGACAUCCAUCAGCGUUCCCCUUUGAGUGGACCAAGCAGAUAUCCCAGAUCAAAGUCAUCAAGAAUCAAAGGAACCUCAGGCCAAGACCUCUUUAAAUUUAAGGAUCAUUCAGAUUCUGAGGUGAUCCUUGAGGUGUCUCAAUGUCAGAGUGACACUUUUGACACAGACCUAUCAGGGAAGUCACAUGACAGGAAUCCAAAGACUGUAACAUUCAUGACUGCUUUGUGGAGGUACCAGGUUGCACAUGCAAAGACACUUAUUCAAACAUCAUCAUCUAACGGGUCUACAAAAUCCCUCCCUGACAUUCUGGGUAGAACUCCUGUUAAGAAGAAAAUGAAGGUGAUGUAUUCAGAUGAAUGGUGUGUCCACAAGGACACUCCACAUGCUGUCUACAGCAGAAGAAAGCCCAGAGCUAAGGGCAAGCUCAGAGUUCUUCCUCUUUCAUCACCCAGCAGUAAUGAGGAGGAGUUCUCUAAGUAUUCAACACCCAAACAAAGACAAGGAAGGGAAAGAGUGACAAGUGAAAACUGGCAGUCUCAAGUCAAACUAGGGAGAUCACUGGACAUGGAAUCAUCCUUAUUCAAAGAGUCCACUGCUGAUUCAGGUUUUCAAAACAAGACUCUUUCUGAAACCAGUUUACCACUAGAGGAACUUGAUAAUAUCAUGGAAGAGCACAAUUUGGAUAAAGAAACGUCAAUUCUGCAGAAAAAUGAAGCAGAUGAAUCAUCAGAGAUAUAUGUGGGUCUGAAAGAGGACACACAGCUGCACAGACACCCAACAUUUCAACCCAGAAGACUAUUCAUGUCUAGCCCACUAGAGGAUGCUGCAGAGCGAGUAACUGAAGCAUUUGCAGAUGAGGAGUCUGAGGAAGAGUUGGGUGCUGGUGUCAGAGCUGCAUUUAACUCCUUUAAGACUCAGUUGAGAGUGCACUUUACUAGCAGGUAUAAAAAGAUUGAAGCCAGAUCCUUGCAAUCUUUAACAGACUGUCAGAGAAAUGUGACUUCUCUGUUGGAAACUAUACACAAUCAAAGGUUGGUGCAUCUGGAGCAGUUCCAGAACACAGUGGUGCAGCAGUUGACAUGUUUGGAGCAGGAUUGUCUGUCUCUCAAAACCAUAGAGAAAGAGACUGUGAAUUUCUGGCAGUCGGAGUCUGACACAGUUCGGGCAUUCUGUGAUCGACAGCAAAAGAGGUUGGAUUCUCUCCUCAUCCCGUAUGUGAAUGCUGAAUCACAAUUUAGUUUAUCAGCGAGAAGAGGCGGCAAAAUUACUGAGCCUGCCUCUCCUCAAGAUGCUGCCACUCGAGAUCCCUUAUAGGACCUCACACUAUGAAGGUGUUUUUUUUUUUUUUUUUUUUUUUUUUUUCUCAUACCGAAAAAUCUACUCCUAAUAAAAUAAAUUUUUGUUGACUGGUGUAAAAACAUCACAUGCUCAAAUUUCAUAUUGCAAGUGCUUCAUUUAGUUUAUAAUAAAGACAAUCAUCAAGGAACUCUGUGGUCACUUAAAAAAAUGUCAC